ACCACCAAAAUACAGAAUACCACGUGUGUUUAGUUUAUUUUCCCAAAAACUCAUAAAUAUGGUACGAAAACUAAAAUUUCACGAGCAGAAGCUGCUCAAAAAGGUAGACUUUAUAUCAUGGAAAGUUGAUAAUAACCUAAACGAAGUAAAGGUUAUGAAAAAGUAUUAUAUUCAGAAACGCGAAGACUACACAAAGUAUAACAAGUUAUCAAGAGAGAUUAGGGACUUAGCAAACAAGAUAAAAGAACUAGAGGCGAGUUCGGAAUUCAGGACAGAAGCAAGCGCGCAGUUGUUGGAGAAACUAUACCAAAUGGGUUUGAUCCCCACGCGAUGGGAUCUGGCACUCGCCGUUAACGUAUCCGCUAGCUCUUUCUGUAGAAGGCGCCUGCCAGUUGUUAUGGUUAGAAGCAAAAUGUCAGAGAACAUCAAAGAAGCCACUAAAUUCAUAGAGCAAGGUCAUGUGAGAGUCGGUCCUGAAGUGGUGAAAGAUCCCGCUUUCUUAGUAAACAGAUCUCUGGAAGACUUUGUCACAUGGGUCGAUGGCUCGGCUAUCAAGAGACAUGUUAUGGAAUACAAUGAAAUGAGGGAUGAUUUUGAUAUGCUGUAGUUUGGUGUAGAUAACCUUAGUGUUAAGUUGUAAAUAUGCUGUAAUGUGGAUGAAUGUCAAAAUAAAAUUAAGUUGGUUCCCUUA